GUUACCUCUUGUCCAGCUCAGGUGUUUUAGCAGCCUAACUCAGGAGCGUGUUGAGAUCCACAGGUAGAUAACAGCGACACCACCGUCAGAGCGUGGGAGCUUAAGCGCCAACAGCGUUGCAGUGGGCAGGCAGAGCCACGGCAGCGCUGCGCAGGGCAGGCUCCUGGUGGUGGUGGUGGAGUAGGUGGGACGAUGCUCCACUCGUGGCCGUAAAGAACUGUUGGUGUGUGCAGCUCCAGCAUCAGCAGCGUGUGUAAAGGCGCUUUGUGCAUCGCUAAUCCGCUCUGAUGUCACGGUGCAGAAGGAGGGGCUGAGCUCUCCGCUUUAAUCAGAGCAAGUUGUCUGGAGGGACAGGCAGAGCCAAACCAAGCCGAGCCGAGCCGAGCGAGCAGGGUCGAUGUGUGUUGCCGCAGCCGGACCUGGGCCUGUCCUCCUCCUCUGACAUGCAGAGCAAUGGCGUAGUCUGCAUGUAAACACAGUGUAAGUAAUAAGACUAUUGAUGCAUCUCAACACGGACCAUAUGUUCCCUGAGUGACUGUGCUUGUCGCUGUGGCGUGUCUGUGGGAGAGAAAUAAGGACGAUGAAUCAUGCUCCCAAGAAUAAAAAAAAAGAUGAGGAGAAUCUUCUAAAGCUGUGUUAUGAGCGAGGUUUUCUUAUAGACAACAGGAGCAUGUUCUGAAAAUUGGAGUCAGAUCACUCUCCAGCCAUGAGCCACAACUAUCAGGGAGAGGCGUCCAGGGAUGCAGGUGAGGAGCACAAGGUGCCCCCAAAGAGCAGGCAGCCCAAUGGGACAGCACCCAGCGAGCCUCCUAUACGUCGGUCCUGGAGGCCAUGUCAGAUGCUCAACCAGGAUGGGGAACUGAAUCCUCAUCAUAAUCAUCCCCGUCAUCAUCAUCAUCACCCUCCUCACCACCACCACCACCCACCAAUAGGUCGUGGACCCCCAAGGCAUCGCCGGCGGCCUCCGUCAGGGCAGGGGCAGGGGCAGGGGCAUGGCCAAAGUCAGACUCAGAGUCCUGGUCUGGCCCCGGGACCUUCUUCCAGACAAGAGAGUGGUGAGUGUCAAGACACAGAGACUCGUCCCGCCCAGAAACUCCGCCCUGCUGUUGCUCGUUAUCGUCGUCAUGGCGACCCUAACCCCAGACUCAGAGGUCACAGACGGAGGCAGUCAGUUGAAGAGAUCCAGGACUCUUCACCUGGUGCGGAUAAGAAAGAUGGUCCAGCAGAGGUGCAGGUACAGCAGCACUCAUCAGGUGAUCCUGUAACAGACCAGUUGCAGGACAGGGAAUCUCCUCCCCAGACUUCUGUUGCUGUUGUCAGCCCUACCCACCUCUCAACUGGUGCUGCAACCCAUAACAUGCCACUUCACUCCCGACACACUCCUCCUGCUGAGCCGGAGGUGGACCUCCAGGAGUGUAAAGUGGAACAUGAAGAGGAACAGGAUGGAGCUAAGGAGAAGGAUGAAGAACAAGAACAAGCAGAGGAAGAUGAAGAGCUCUGCUUAACUUCAGCGCCAUCCAGCUACAGCCAUGAUGACAUGCAGACAGUUGAUGACAAAGCGGAGGAAGGUGUGGAAAGGGUGGAGGAGAAUCAGGAAGAAGUGAUGGAUAAUGUAACAGAGGACAUUGUAGCUCAGGGAAGUGAAAUCACUGAUCUCUGUUCAGAUACAGAGAGCGCUGCCUCACUAAGUAUGGAUGGACCUCUUCACAGCCCGCCACCACUCCAGUCACCAACUCCUCCUUCUUCCCCUGACGUUCCUGCCUUCCCCCAGCUGGACCACUUCAGUGAGGAUGCCAGUUUGAGUCCCCUGCCUGACAAUGACCUGCUACCUGAAGAAGAAGAAGAAGAAGAAGAAGAAGGAGCAGAAGAAGAAGAAGAAGAAGAAGAGGAUUGCUCUGAAUCAUGCUCGUCUCACCUCACUUCCUGCUCUGAAUCUUAUCCAAAAACCUAUGCAGACUUCUAUUCAGAGUCCCACCAAAAAUCAUACCCCAAACCUGUUUGUGAGUCAUACUCAGAGCCAAAAUCCCAUCCUAAAGGUUUCCCUGAGCCCCUUAAGACUUCCUACCCAGAGUUACACAGAGAACCUCGAAAGCAAUCUGGUUGGAGGACAGAGCCUAAUGAGGCCCAGCAGGAGUCCCAUCUAGAACUUUUUACAAGCCAUAGACACGAGAAUUUACAAAAAGGCGCCCCACCCUCCCCCACCAAGGGCUUCCAGUAUGCCCCAAGGCAGGACAGAGACCGAGGUUCACAUCACUCCCUUCUGGACCGCUCUGUUGGCUGCAGGCUGCAUCACUAUGACGGUAAGUCUGACGGUGAGGGUGACAGUGCAGACCAAAGUCCCAUUCCCAAAAGUCGCAGGCGGGCACCCAGACAAGCAGAAACCCAGGCCAAGGGCCCUGUGUCUGGGCAGAGCAGCUCAGGAGAGACCCAGGAGGAGCAGACCAUGGUGGGUCCUCAAGGAGAGGACUGUUUGAAGGAGUCAGGAGAUGCCAUCACCCUGGCGAUUAAAGACAUUAAGGAAGCAAUUGAGGAGGUGAAGACUAAGACGGUACGCUCCCCCUACACACCUGACAAGCCUGUGGAACCGAUUUGGGUGAUGAGGCAGGAGGUCAGCCCCACUGAAGAUGGAUACUCACUGCAGACUACAGCUGGCCAUUCCUCUCCUCACUCGCCCUCGCAGUCGUUGUCGGAGUCUCCAUCCAGCUACGCCUCUGUAUCAGCUCGUGAGCCGUUAAGUCCGCUUAGAGCUGAGUCAGCCAGAGCAUUUCAGCCUCAACAUUACCACCAACAGCAGCCCCAACACAACAAUCAUCACCACCAAGGCCACCAUUCGCAGCAGAGGGACAACGCGAGGCUGCCGCAGCCGUACCCGCACGUGCCGCCUAAUCAGCGCCAGCAGCGUCAGCAGCAGCAGCAGCAACAGAUUCAGCACCAACAACAGCAUCAGCAGCUUCCAGCUCAGCAGCCUCGGCCGCAAGUUCAGCCACAGUCGCCUCCGCAGCAGCCUUCUGCCCAGGAGAUUCGCAGAUCUCUUCCUCAGUUUCCAACAUUUGUGGACGUCCCAGGACCAUGUGACCCCGAAGACCUUAUUGACGGCAUCAUCUUUGCAGCCACCUACCUGGGCUGCACCCACCUGCUGUCAGAGAGGACGCCCACGAAGAGCGCCCGCAUGCAGCAGGCACAGGAGGCCAUGAGCAGAGUCCGGGCUGCUCAGAAGCAGGCGAAGAACAGGAAAAAGAGCCCCGACAGGGAGACUCCAUCCACUGCUGAGGUUGAUCUGUUCAUGUCCACGCAGAGGAUCAAAGUCCUCAAUGCAGACACUCAGGAGUCUUUAAUGGACCUGCCAUUAAGGACGAUCUCCUACAUAGCCGACAUCGGUAACAUGGUGGUGCUGAUGGCCCGGGGGAAGAUGGUGCGCUCCCGCAGCGCACAGGAAAACCUGGACCACGCAGCUGAGCAAACCACCAUGACCAACGAUGACAGACGGCUGUACAGGAUGAUCUGCCACGUCUUCGAGUCUGAGGAUGCCCAGCUGAUCGCUCAGUCUAUCGGUCAGUCUUUCAGCGUCGCCUACCAGGAGUUUCUCAGGGCCAACGGCAUUGACCCCGAGGACCUGAGCCAGAGGGAGUACAGCGAUCUGCUCAACACUCAGGACAUGUACAACGACGACCUCAUCCACUUCUCCAAGUCAGAGAACUGCAGAGAUGUUUACAUCGAGAAACAGAAAGGAGAGAUCCUGGGUGUGGUGAUAGUGGAGUCGGGCUGGGGGUCCAUCCUCCCCACCGUCAUCAUCGCCAGCAUGAUGCACGCUGGUCCGGCUGAGAAGUCCGGUCGGCUCAACAUCGGAGACCAGAUCAUGACCAUAAACGGGACGAGUCUGGUGGGUUUACCGCUCAGCACCUGUCAGAGUAUCAUCAAGGGUCUCAAGUCUCAGUCCAGGAUCAAGAUGAACAUCGUCAGGUGUCCUCCCGUCACCAUGGUGCUCAUCCGCAGGCCAGACCUCAGAUACCAGCUGGGCUUCAGCGUCCAGAACGGCAUUAUCUGCAGCCUGAUGAGAGGAGGCAUCGCUGAGAGAGGAGGCGUCCGCGUCGGUCACCGCAUCAUCGAGAUCAACAGCCAGAGUGUGGUGGCGACGCCUCACGAGAAGAUCGUCCAGAUUCUUUCUAAUGCCAUGGGAGAGAUCCACAUGAAGACGAUGCCUGCAGCCAUGUACCGUCUGCUGACAGCGCAGGAGCAACCUGUCUACAUCUGAACACACACUUCUCACUCUUUUCACUGCAGCACUCCAUCUUUCAGUUGUUUUGAACACCUUUUUCCUCUCUGUAUCCCGUUUGAUAUCACUUGACUUGCCUUAAUCUGUACAGUGAACUGUCAUGUAAACAUGUACAUCUACAGUAUGACAGCAGAAGGCAGAUUAUCUCACUAGGCUGAGUGUUAAUGUGAUGUGUGAUGUUUGACCAAAGAGGAAUUGUGGAUUUUAAUGUGAAUACUUAGAAGGCAAACAAGAGUAAAUAUUAUCUUUGGUUAAAUAGCUGUAAUAUCUGAAUGUACUCUAAUCAUGGUGGACCUAUAAAUUGUCAGGGCAACCCAGAUAGUAAGGGACCUUUAAACCGAAAUGGUCAAGCUAAAGGGGAAUGCAUGUACAAUUCUGCUGAAUAAACUCAAAAUAGUCAGUCAGUUCCAGUUUGUUU